CACCGAAUCACAAAAUAUCUCUUAUUCAGAAAUUCUCCCGGCGACUCAGCAGAGGAGUCAAGCUUCUGCUUCAACGAUGGCGGAUCACCACCACCACCACCACCACCAUCAUCAUCAUCAUCAACAACAUCGACCAAAUCGUCUUUCCGUUCCUCAACGAACCACCGCAACAGUCGGAAGAUCUUACCCUGCUUUCCCUUACACUCCGACUCCAACCCCUUCCAAAACCCGUCUCAGAUCGAUCCAUGGAACCACUAAAUCUUCAAUUUCAUUUCUUUUCCUCAUCCUCUUCUCCUUGCGAUCUCUCUACUCUCUCUUACCUUUCCUUCGCUCUUCUCCUUCAUUCUCCCUGUUCCCUUUCUCAUUCCUCGUCUCUCUCCUCUCUUUCGUUUUUUCUCUUGCUUUCACCCUCUUCUCUUCGUUUUCUCCCUCCAAAAAAGACCCAUUUCUCCGGCAGAGUCGUGCCGUUUUCUCGAUUUCGUCUCUCUCCUCGUCUCAAAUCAAGCUCAUACUCGCUAAAUCGGGGUUUCUAGCUGUUGUUUUCCUCCUCCGAUUCCAGGCUCUCCGUUACUGCGGCGCAGCAGCUAUGAUCUUAGCCGAGCUCUCCGGUACAGUCUCCGCCAGAGUUCUAUCCGAGUCUCGGAAUCGAUUUUCCGGCGAUAAUGGCGGAAUUGGAUCAUCUAAGGUUCGUGGGUUUUGCAUCUUGUUCGCUGGGUUGUUGCUGUUAUCAAUCAGCUGGGAUCGUGUUGAUUGUUUCCCUUUCUCUUCAUCAUCUGUCGAAAAUUGGGGUUUUUGGAUAUACCCUAAAGAGAAUUGCUUGAGAAUAUGGCCUAUGUUGCUUCCAUUUCUAUCUGGGUUUUUGGGUUGCUAUGAGAAAGUCUCCAUGAAUUGGGUCGAGAUCAAGCAGCUUGAUCAGAAACGAGUUCGAUUGCUCUCCUUGUUUCUAACCACUGUGUUGUUGUUCCCACUUGCUAUCUGGAGUUUCCUCUUCUCUGGAAGUGAUGAAGUUGGUGUCUCUAUUGGGAAUCUGGGUUGGCCUUUAGCUAACACUGUUGUAUUUGGAGUGCUGUUGACGGAGAAUUACAACGAAGAUAAGUUUUCGAGCUCGAAGAAAGACUCUGAGAGGGAGUUUCUGGUCACGUUUCUAUGCACCAUAGUAUUGGAACUCUUCUACUUCCCUGAGCUUUCUCUUUGGGGAUUGUUGUUGUGUGGUUUGUUGCUUUACGUCGCCGUCAGAGAAUUGGACUCUGUGUAUUCAGAUUAUCAAGAGAUUGGUAUGGAAUCGCCUGAGUCGUUUACCACCAUGUUUAUGAAGCCUAUCCGUCACAUUUUGAGCGAGAAGAAGUCAAGGAAGAUCGCUUUGUUUCUUUUGAUCAACACGGCGUAUAUGGUUGUAGAGUUUGUGGCUGGUUUCAUGAGCAAUAGUCUUGGAUUGAUCUCAGACGCUUGUCACAUGUUGUUUGAUUGUGCUGCUUUGGCGAUUGGUCUCUAUGCGUCUUAUAUCUCUCGUCUUCCUGCAAACCAUCAGUUCAACUAUGGCCGAGGUAGAUUCGAGGUGCUUUCGGGUUAUGUCAACGCGGUGUUCCUCGUUCUUGUUGGAGCUCUGAUUGUGCUCGAGUCGAUAGAGAGAAUCUUGGAUCCGCAGGAGAUUUCUACAAACAGUCUUUUGGUUGUUUCCGUUGGUGGGCUUCUUGUGAAUGUUGUCGGGUUGAUCUUCUUCCAUGAGGAGCAUCAUCAUGCUCAUGGUGGAUCCGGUUGCUCGCAUUCUCAUUCUCACUCGCACCAGUCCCAUAGCCAUAAACAUGAGGAGCAUCAUGAGCAUACUGAUCAUCAUCAUUCCCAUAACCUUAAACAUGAGGAGCAUCAUGCAUGCAACCACGAGCAUGACCAUGACCAUCAUCUUCAUGCCCACAACCAUAAACACGAGGAGCAUCAUGAAAGCAACCACAGCCACGGGCAUGACCAUCAUCAUCAUUCUGACCACAAAGCUGCAAAAGGAGAAAACAAGGAGCAUCGACACAUUGACCAUAACAUGGAAGGAAUCUUCCUUCAUGUUUUAGCAGACACAAUGGGGAGCGUUGGAGUUGUGAUAUCGACACUCUUGAUCAAAUACAAGGGCUGGUUAGUUGCAGAUCCAGCAAGCUCAAUCUUCAUUUCCAUCCUCAUCAUCGCUUCAGUCAUUCCUUUACUCAGAAACUCUGCAGAGGUUCUACUGCAAAGAGUCCCCAAGGCUCAUGAGCAUGACCUGAGAGAUACCAUGAGGAACAUCCUCAAGACUAAAGGGGUUCGCAGUAUCCAGAGGCUACAUGUAUGGAGCUUCACAAACUCAGACGUGGUGGCUACUCUCCAUCUCCUUGUAUCAGCUGAUUUAGACAAGAAGGAUACUAAGUUGCAAGUCUCGCGUUUGUUAGAAGAUGCAGGAGUAAAGGAUUUGACUUUGCAGAGAAAUCUAGCUGAUAGGAAUGAUGUGGAUAGAUGGGUAGAUGUC